GCCGGGCGCGAGCCACGUCUAUGCUAUCUUAUUCUAUGCUAUCUCGGUCUAUCUCAUCGCCUGCUCAUCGUAUGCCGUCCUGUUUUCGUUAUUACUACUCCUCGUUGUGCUGUGGUACUAUUCCUCGUUGUGCUGUGGUACUAUUCUGCGUUAUGCUGUAG